AAAUGUCAUAACAAGAGGAAGUCGCUGAGAUCACUGUCGUGCUGAUUUUCCUGCAGUGAUCGCUGAGGAUCGGGAUUCAUACUUCCCUGAAAUCUGCUCUGUGCUGGAUGCUUUGUUAUACUGAGUACAACCAUUUUCUCCAGCCUGCCUCUCGUUCUGUGCGGUGAUCACCUCCUCCCUGCCCUGGCCAUGAAGAUCCUGUAGUAUUCUCUGUGCCUGCCAUCCAUGUAUUCGGUGCUGUGUAUGCACUUCAGCAACUAGUCAUUAGACUUGGCAGGGGGAGGAUCUUGUACUUCUCAGGCUGGAAUUUCAUUAGGAGGAAAUCUGUCAUAGUGCACAGGAAGCUCUCCGAGGGAGGAGGACACACGGAUCAUUCUGCAAGGUACUGGGCUGGGGGACAGGAAGAACCGCACAGAAGAUACUUGUUUGGCAGCUGUGGUCAUUGGCCUACUUUGAUCAUUACGAGACUUCCUGGCAAAGCAACACCACAACUCACAAAACAGUCCCAAAAUGUCUGAAAUCCUUCAUGAAUUGGUACUUGCGUCUGAGAAAGCUGCGUGUAUUGCUCGCGCCUGCCGCGAAGAGGAAACCCUUUUUCAGCUAUUGAUUGAAGAAAAAAAAGAAGAUGAGAAGAAUAAAAAGUUUCUCACAGAUUUUAAAACUCUAGCUGAUGUAUUGGUCCAGGAAGUCAUAAAAUAUGAUCUUGGAAAAAAGUUUCCAGGUUUAGAGAAAAAUGUAAAAGGAGAAGAAUCUAAUGAAUUUACAAAUGAACUUGGAGAGAAAAUUAUAGUAAAAGUUUGUCCAACAGAGGAAGAAACUGCCAGACUAUUGCAGAAAGUGCUGGACAACAACGAGCCUGCAGCCAAGAAAUUGGCCCAGGCUGUUCAUCAGGAUCUUGUUGUAACUGAUAAGACUUUAGAUGCCAUUAAUAUGAGCAUUCCACAGACAGACCUUGCUGUGUGGGUGGAUCCCAUUGACUCAACCUAUCAGUAUAUAAGAGGGUCGGCAGAUGUUAUGCCAAGUAAAGGGAUAUACCCAAAGGGUCUCCAGUGUGUUACUAUUCUAAUAGGAGUUUACCACAUUGAUACAGGACUUCCAGUUAUGGGUGUUGUUAAUCAACCAUUUGCAAUUAAAGACCCUGAGACAAACAGGUGGAAAAGCCAGUGGUAUUGGGGUUUAUCUUACAAAGAUACCAACAUCUGCUCUGUACAAUUUUCUGUCAUCAAUGGAGAAACUACCAAAAAAGUAGAAUGUGGCUUGUCAGAUCAUGGUGUAUGUGAGAAGAAUUCAUAUGGCGUAGUAACAAGCUCAGCAGAACGUGGAAACAUUCUCAGGUCUCUCACUGAUGUGUGUGGAAAGAAUCUGCAUUUUGCUGCCGGAGCAGGCUACAAAAGUCUUUGCGUGAUUCAAGGCCUUGUAGAUUUCUAUGUGUUUUCUGAGGACACUACAUUUAAAUGGGACAGCUGUGCUCCCCAUGCUAUCCUGAAAUCAAUGGGAGGCGGAAUGUUGGAUCUUUCAGAGUGUUUAAAGAUUGUAAAGCAGAAGAAAAAACUUCUUGAUAGGCCACAUCUCUUGUACAAUUCAGAAAUACAAGGAGCAACAGGAGCAGACAAGUGGGCUAAUAAAGGAGGACUUGUGGCUUACAGAUCAGAAGAACACCUGGAACACUUUUUAGAUCUCUUUGUACAGCAUUUGCAAUUACAAAACGAAUUGCAUCAAUAAUAUGACUUUUCUCUAUAUUAUAUAUUUUAGGUUGUAUUUUACUAUAUACAGUCCUGAUCAAAAGUUUAAGACCACUUGAAA